AAACCCCUGCACUACGGGACCCUCCUGGGCAGCAGAGCUUGUGCCCACAUGGCAGCAGCUGCCUGGGGCAGUGGGUUUCUCACUGCUCUGCUGCACACGGCCAAUACAUUUUCCCUACCCCUCUGCCACGGCAAUGCUGUGGACCAGUUCUUCUGUGAAAUCCCCCAGAUCCUCAAGCUCUCCUGCUCAGAUGCCUACCUCAGGGAAGUUGGGCUUCUUGUGGUUAGCGUCUGUUUAGCCUUUGGGUGUUUUGUUUUCAUUGUGGUGUCCUAUGUGCAGAUCUUCAGGGCCGUGCUGAGGAUCCCCUCUGAGCAGGGACAGCACAAAGCCUUUUCCACGUGCCUCCCUCACCUGGCCGUGGUCUCCCUGUUUAUCAGCACUGGCAUAUUUGCCUACCUGAAGCCCCCCUCCAUCUCCUCCCCAUCUCUGGACCUGGUGGUGGCUGUUCUGUACUCAGUGGUGCCUCCAGCCAUGAACCCCCUCAUC